AAGUGCAAAUGUGGAUCUUUUUAUUUUGAUUGGCUAAUCUCAAGCCAAUCAGCUCCUUCCUUUCGUUUAACUUGCUCUUAUGCUCUGUCCAAACUCAAGUUCACAGCCACAUCGCUUGCUCUGCAUUGCUGCCGCUCUGUUCUCUCCGCUGGCUCUCCAGCGGCUGCAGCAGGAGCAGCUGCUUCAGCAGCAGCUGAAGUCUCAGCUUGCUGCUAACCUGAUCAGCUCAGGAUACAGCUUCUAUGUGACAUCACAGCCAGAUGUUUGUCAAAGCCACACCCCUACGAGGGUCUGAAGCAAUCCAAGGAGUAAUAACGGACCAGCUCAGUCCUGCCGUCAUUAUGCACCCGGGAGACUGGAGGAACUGCAGGCUUGUUAUUGUGGACAACCUUCAUUAAUUUUGUUUCAGACGAAAAGCUGUUCCGGACGGGGUUUGUUUUUCUUGGUGUUUUCCCUGGAUGCCUUUCCUCUUCAGAAAGAGAGAAACUGGGUGUGACCCAUACAAAGAAAGUACUUUUCAGGGAGCUGUGGAGCCAGCUAUCUCAUUUUCUACAAAAAGGAAAUCUUCAGGAGCGUGUAUGUGGGUUUCUUGAAGGUUAACAAAGAAGGAAAAAUUGCAGUUGAUUUAUACACCUCAGGAGGCGUGAAAAAUGGCAACAGCCGCCUACUUUGCCGCCGAGUGCCUUGUCUCAAUGUCUAGCCGUGCUAUAAUCCAUAGCCCCAUGAGGGAACCGGCCCCUCAACCAGUUGGGAGAGCUCCCCCCCGCAUCAUCUCGAACAGAGCUGAGAAACCCGAAGUGAAAGAGGUUGGGAGAGACAAUGGAGGUGGGUCCUCUGUAUAUGCUGUGGCCAGCAUUUUAGCUGACCUAAACCAGCACGUUCCACCAAAGCUUUCCUCGCCUCAGGGGGAGAAUCUUGAGAGCAUUGACAGAGGGGGGGCUUCUCUUUCCCACAAAGUGUUUGGGGAAGAAAGUGUCUUGCUGGCCGGCAAACGUGGAGGAGGCAGAGCAACCACACCUACCAGCUUGGUGGCACCAAGUCAGCCAAGCCCCAGGCAAAGAAGCAGGCGAGGAAGAUGCCGGGCUGAGCCUGAAUUACCUCAGAAAAAGCAUAAAUGCCACUAUGCGGGAUGCGAAAAGGUUUACGGCAAGUCGUCCCAUCUGAAGGCUCACCUGAGGACCCACACAGGUGAGAGGCCUUUUGAAUGCCGUUGGGAAGAUUGCAACAAAAAGUUUGCCCGUUCUGAUGAGCUGGCACGGCAUUUCCGCACUCACACUGGAGAGAAAAAGUUUGGCUGCCCUCUCUGCGAGAAGCGAUUCAUGCGCAGUGACCACUUGACGAAGCACGCCCGCCGGCACAGCAAUUUCCACCCCAGCAUGCUCAAGAGGAGGAGCGGCAGCAGCUCCCGGACAGGAUCCGUCAGUGACUAUAGCCGUUCAGACGCAUCUAGUCCCACCAUCAGUCCUUCAAGCUCCCCAUAGACCUGCCUGCACUGGAUGCCAGCACUUUGCUCUUAUCAUUUUAUAGAUAACAUUUUUGGAGUUUUAUUUGCGUUGCACAUUUUGCUUGUUCCC